AAGUUCCUUUUAUGAGAAGAUGCACGGUCCGCGUGCAUACACGCGCCUGCAGAGGUCCUGCCGUCAGGGAAUCCCAUACAUUGAUGUCCACGAGUCGGAAAAAUUUCACCUGUGAAUACUACAUAUGACGUAAGAGGAGUAGCCUCUCCGUCGUGAUGUCAUGUGCACUUGCUUUAACUCUAAGAAGAUUGGUUCAGAAAUCCGCAGUGUCACAGGCACGACGACAGAAACGACCAUUCCGGUGUGCAAAUUCGGGCACCUGACGGCUGCUUUCACGACUACGCUCCUUCUAGGCUCUUUUACUGUUAUAUGGAAAACCUAGCCGCGCAUUCAGUUGUUGUAAUGUUGCCUCCUAACAGUUGCAUCCCUAGGAAUUACAGCUGUAUGGCUGGCUUAUUCGGAAGCCUGGCAGCGGCAAGCCACAGGAAAGAGGACGGGGAAGAAGACAGCGAGCCUGCCAGUGAAACCGCCGAAGAUCAAGUGGUCGACGAGAGACCGAGAGGCAGGGAAUGUUUCCUGAAACCUCCGCAAAGUCCGACGUUGCGAAGAAGAUGCAAGUCGCUGCCGACCCCGGUAGAGAGAGCCCGGCUGGAGAUCGCGCGGAGUCGCAGCCCGAGCAGCCAGAAGAAGGUGCGAUUCGCAGAUUCCCUGGGUCUGGAGCUGACUUCAGUGAAGCAUUUUUGCGAUGCAGACAUGCCGGAGGUCCCGCAGAGGAUCCUCGACAAAUUCAAACGGGGAAAUACCAUGCACUUAAACAACUUCCCAAAAAUAACCAACCAGCCGGCGUGCAUGGAAACCCAGUUUGUCAACCCCGGUCACUUACCGGGAUUCGUGGAGAAAGUGCAAGAAGUCAAAGUGUUGCUGGAAUCAGUGGAGACUGACGAGUUUAGCAUGUCAGGUGUGGUACGCGUUUUAAACCUGGCUUUCGAGAAGAGCGUCCUGCUGCGGUACACCCUCAAUAACUGGUUAACAUUUUUCGACGUGCAGGCGUCCUAUGUUCCCCAGUCCAGCGAUGGGGUGACGGAUAAGUUUGCCUUCAAAAUCAUCACACCUGCGUUUUUGGAGACCGGAGGCACCCUUCAGUUUGCCAUCAAGUACACCGUUGGUGGCGAUGAGUUUUGGGACAACAAUAAUGGCAAUAAUUAUAAAGUGCGCCGGCACAGGUUUAAAAUCUCUCCGCCCAGAGAAUGGGAGAACGGCUGGAUUCAUUUUAUAUAGCGUCCGUCGUAUUGAUGCCACUAAGGGGAUCGCGACUGCAUUUAAUAUCCCGUGUUUUAGACGGUUCGUGGACUGGCUGUGAGUCGGAGAAUAAUUCGUCUGUCAGUUCAAGCGGCUACGUCUGAGGCCCCAAAGUUUUAUUUAUCCUGCAUUUUAUGUUCCUUUAUAUCUCAGAAACCCCGAUGAUGGAAAGAGGAGGUCUGCUUCCGCGCAUGUUGCCGAAUGGUUUAAUGGUUCAAGCUUUUGCAUCGAUCGAAUGCUUUCCGCCAAGUGCAAGGCAUUAUUUAGCAUAUAUAGGACGAGACGUCCCCAUGGUAUAUAAGACAACCUUUUUGUUUUUUUUAUUAUUUAUCUCCAUCCGCUUAACGACUGUCCUUUCGAGUCAGGUCCAUAUAACGUUAAAAUGUGUCUGCGUUGUCUUAUCGUUGUUAUUUUGUCGUUGGUUGUCUGUCCAUCCGUACUCCUGAAAUAGGCAGUUCCAUAUUCAUUUGAUUAUGGCCAAUGGACAACAAUUUACUUUGCACUCGCCUUGCUGGUUAACCGACUUUAACCCAAAAUAACACAAUUUAGCAGUGCAAAAGAACUUGAAUUUACGUAUUUUACUUUAAACACUUACAUUUUUUGGACAUUGUUUUUAUUUGCAUAUGGGUUAUUUCUAAUUAAGGAUGUGUCGCUCCUGUUCUAUCGUGUAGGCUCGAGAGAAGUAAUGUUUUUUUUUUGUUCUCAAACUGUGACCUUGUGAGCUGACACCGUCAAUUUAAAAUGGCUGCAGAACACUGUGAAAGUAAUUUACCUCUAGAGAACUGUCCACUGUACAACCAUUACAUGAUCUGUUUUAUGGCAAAGUGUAAUGCAAAUUCUUCGCUUCAAUGUAAUGUGUAGAUUGAAUAUCUGAAUGAGAAGUUGACCAUAACGGAAUUACAGAAUUUGAUUUUUAGUGACUGUCCUCAAAUAUGCGUAGAGUGUCGGGAAUUGUCAUUAGUAAUAUAGUACAAUAAUACAUUUAUCAGCAAUUAUGCUUAUAAUUAUCUGUGGUGUGGAGCCAUGAAGGACCAGAACAGGUAGCAACUUGGUAUUUCCUAUUGGUUGUCAGUUUAAUGGUGUGUUUAACGUGCAAUGAAGUAUUUUAGCUUUAACUGUGUUCUCUAGAAGGGUGUAUUAAAAGUAGCGUUAGCCUCUGUUAUAUCAAAUUAGAAGGGAAACGGGCUUCUGCGUGGAGUCUGAUUAUAACUUUUUUUAUUUCUUGGAAUAUUUUUACCUCAAACAAAUCAAAGGCAUUUAUAGUAUGAACUUAACAUAGUUCCAGUAAAAGAAGAUGAUAUAUUUAUUUAGGUUUGUCAUAUGUUUAAUGAAUGUAAAUAUUUUUACAAGAUCCAACAAAAUCAGUAUAUACUAGCCAUAACUGAGACUUUAGCUGCUAUUCCAGAGCAAGAAUAUUUUAAUUAUUAAAUAUAUAUAUUGUGGAUUAAUCCUUUGUUAUCCUUGUGACACUGUCUCCCUCUAGCCCUAAUAUUAGAGAUGAAAUAAUUGUAAAUACUUGCUAUUUUGUGCAGUCACAUAUAUUUUAAUUGUACAAAGGAUAUAGGGCCCCUUAAACUGUCUUCACAGCUGAAAAUAUGUAUAUUUAUGACAAGUGCUUGCUAUUUUUGCAUUAGCAAUGGUGUAUCACUGUACCUAUAUCUCUCCGAUAGACAUUGCAAGUCCUACUCAGGAAAUGUCCCAGAAAGGCUUUUAGAGAAUGUCUUUCUCUUUUUGUCAAGAUGGGCACCAUUAGCAUAAGAAUGAUGUGCGCUGCUGGUAAUUCUGAAGGCAUCGCUGGAAGUGAAACUCUUUGGGACGAGAGUGUUAGAUACCGUUAAAAUACAGAGAAGUCGUUUCUAGGGGGGCUUUUGAACUUUUAACUAAGAUGUAACUUCCGGCAACUCUUAAAUAGCAGCUUCAGAUAGGGCAGUGAUCUUCUGCUGAUUGUACAUAUAGUCAAGAAGCAUGCUGAAGGUUCUCUUUGGUGGUAAACAUUUUCUGAAGCUUCUCAUAAUAUUUAUUUUUGACUCAGUUUGGCUUGUAAUUGUUUUAGAUGCUGGGAAUAUUUUGGCUUUGAAUACGAAAAGUAUAAAUGGUAUUUCCAAUAAUAUAAAGUUAGUGUAGUUUGUCCUUAUUUGUUCUGAAUGUGGACAUUGUCUUGUAAACACCACCUGCUAACAUUUUUACUUGAUUUCUUGUUAUUGCGGUUAACAUUAAUAAGAAUGUCUGUCAUCGUGGCCUUAAAGUCCCAUCGUUCUCGAGUGGUUAAAUGUAGGCCGUCCUUCUCUGGGUUUACAUCCCCACCAUUCCCACUAUUUCCCUCGUAUUCAGCUUUUGUACAAAGUCAUGAAACGUAUCACCUGUGAGAUGUAGGUAAAAUGAUUGAACUGCUACAGGGGCUGAUUGCAUUUUGCCAUCUACCAAAGGCUGUAAAUGAUGAAUUAUUCUUAUUUCUUUUGCUGCAUUUAAUUUUGCUUUAGAGUCAGACUGGUUAAGAAUAUCAGCAUCUUUCCUCGUUGUAAUGGUCAUGUGUUUUCACCUAAAGAGAAAUUUUCAGCAUGACUGCUGCUAACUGCUGUUGUCUUUAAUGCUAAGGCUGAUCUGUGCAACAUAUAAAAGCUGUUUCGUCACUAACAUGCGGGACCCAUUACCGAUAAUCAGCUCAUGAAACAUUUGUUUAGUAGAGUUGCAUAAUACGAGUUGCGUUGCAGAAAUGGUUCUCAAUUGAGGAAGCAUAUGUCAUUUGCCUUUCCAGCAUCUGCUAGGCUCAUUAGCUUAUUGUGCUUAGAGCUGAUGUGUCAGGUUGCAGUUACAAUGUCAGUUUGAUGCUCUUCUACUGUUUGUUCUCACCAGCAGAUUUAAAUGAAUUAGUGCUGCUGAUUGGCAGCUCGUCGCUUCCUUAGGUUCGGUCUCAUGCCUCCUCCAUGAUGACUUCAGGUCUUUGGGUCGCCAUUGUUGACAGCAGGUGGAAUUUGCUCACAUCACAUGUGGCAACGGAGCACAGUGAGGCAAGGAGGGGGAAAGUGUGUCAGCCAUGUCAACUGAGGGCUGGACCUGAGACACGGGCACAUUUCCCACUUUUAGUGCACUUUUAGGAAAACCAUUGGGGCACUCGGUGUCCACACCUCUUUACUUGACACCUUUGCUGCCACUUCUCUGUGAAUAGUUUCCAGUUAACGUACCUGUUCUCUGUCACGGAGUGUGCUGUCUAGUAUAUGUGACAUUAUGUCAUUUCCGGCAUAAGGUAAAUCUAUAUUUUUUUUAAUCUAUGCAAUGCAUCCGAUGUGUAGCACAGCUUAUGUCUUCGUCUUGUGUUGAAAUGUUGUGUCUGAAUGUGCUGAGUACAGUAUUUCAGCUGUUUGCAUGUACUGCUGAAUUUUUUUUUUUUUUGUAUGGUGAAUUUGUAAUGUUGCCUACUGUACAUUUUGUUAAUACUUGUAUUAAAGGCAUUUCUGAUGGAAA